GGGGGUCAAUCCCCUACACGUGGUGGAGAAUGUGGGCACAGUAGGCCCCGGAACGGGGGCCUGGACGGGGUAAGCGAAAUUAACAAGGUAUCGAUUAGCAGGACACGAUGGAUGCAAACAAGGUCUUGGAAUGGUGGACGGAGACCCAGAAAGUGCAACAGCAGCAGCAAAUGCAAGCGCUACAACAACUCCUCAACCAGUUUCAGGAGCGGCAGGAGCAGAUGGCGCGAGGGACACCAGUGACGGUACCGGGGGCAGCUGGAGGGACCGGAGGGGCAGAGGGGGUCGGCACCCAACUACCUAUACGCCUCACGAAACUGGGGCCGGACGACGACCCAGAGGCAUUUCUGGUAACAUUCGAGAGGGUGGCCACCGCUGCGAAAUGGCCGCCAGAACAUUGGGCGACCCUCCUCGCACCCUACCUAUCGGGGCCGGCCCAAUUGGCCUACCGGGGAAUGUCUGCCAACGACGCCUUAUGUUACUUUAAAGUCAAGGAGGCCAUUUUGGAUCAACUAGGGGUCACCCCGGAGACCCACCGCCGCCGGUUCCGCGAGGCCAAGUACGACCCUCGCGAGCGACCGCGGGCAGUGGCUCAGCGGGUAAAAGAAGCAGGGAUGCGAUGGCUCGAGCCGGAGGCAAAGACGGGGGUCCAGGUGGCCGACCUAGUGAUACUGGAACAGUAUGUCCGCAUCCUCCCGGCCGAAGGACAGCAGUGGGUCCGGCGGCACCUCCCAGAGACACUGGACGAGGCGGUGACCCUUAUGGAACACUACCUGGCCGCCGAGGGGCCGGUAGGGAAGGAAGCCACAGGAACCUCGAGAGAACCUCGGAGAAGCGAGACAGGGACGGCCAAGCCGGCAGGGGCCCAACACGCCGGAGGAGGAUCCGGGGGCUCCCUGGGGCCCCUCCCGACAAGAAGGUUGGCACCACGGUGGAGCCGCCCGGGGGGAGAGGCCAGGAUAGACCGAGCAACGGAAACGGGGCCGGGCGCCCCACUGCCCGAGGGGGCCCCGAAGGUAGUCUGCUACCAAUGCGGUCAGGAGGGCCAUUACAAAAGGGACUGCACCCUGAUGGACUGCACCUUCGGGCAGCGGCGCACGGGAGGCACGGACAGGAGGACGGCUAGCGUGGCGCAGGUAAUCCGGAGACUAUGGGUCAAUGGGAACCCGGUGGAGGCCAUAUUAGACUCGGGGUGUGGGCAGACCAUCGUCCGGAAGGACGUGAUAUACCCAGUGCGGGCCCGGGGCGCGCCGAUAGCCCUCCGAUGCGUUCAUGGGGACAUCCACUACUACCCCACAACCCAGGUACGGAUAGGGGAUGGGGAGGUGGAAAGGAACUGCAUAGUCGCCGUUGGCCCAAGAUUGGCAUACCCGCUCCUGCUAGGACGGGAUUGGCCCGGCCUGAAGCAACUCCUGGGCCGGGGGGACAGGGGCCGGAACCCCGGACAAGAGCCCGAGGUGGGGCAAGGGACCCUGGUAGCCCAAGGAGAACAGGAGGGGGAAGAAGCGAUCCCAGGGGUGGCCCCGGCGGCUGAGGCAUCAGGGCAGACCCGACUCGACGUCGAGGAGGGGGACUUCCUUACACAACAGCGGGAAGAUCCUACCCUACGGGCAGCCUGGGAGCAGGUGCGCACUACGGGAGAAACUCCAGGAGAAGACCCGCCCAAGCAACCGGACGGACCUCGGUUCGAGGUAAGAGAUGACCGCCUUUAUCGAGUGUCUCCAGGGGAACUCCCAGGGGAGGAGAGAUGGCAGCUGCUGGUCCCGAGGCCGUACAGAUGGAAGGUCCUGGAGCUAGCGCAUGAACACCCGUGGGCCGGACACCUGGGCACGGAGAAAACCCAGCAGAAGGUACUCCAGAGAUUUUUUUGGCCCGGGGUGUACCAAGAGAUUAAAAACUUUUGUAACUCCUGUCCACAGUGCCAGCGAUCAUCCGGGACUCGGGUCCCACCGGCGCCCCUUGUCCCCCUGCCAGUAGUAGGGACCCCCUUUGAACGGGUGGCAUUGGACCUAGUGGGGCCACUGGAGAAAUCGGGGCGAGGGCACAGUUACAUCCUAGUCAUCAUAGACUACGCCACCCGUUGCCCCGAGGCGGUGGCCCUGAAAAGAGCUACGGCCCCCGCUAUUGCUGAGGCACUGGUCAAGCUGUUCUCGUGGGUCGGGCUGCCCAGGGAGCUGCUGACGGAUCAGGGGACGAACCUAACCUCGAAAGUUAUGACAGAACUGUGCAGGACUUUGCAGAUCCGGAAGCUCCGGACGUCGGUAUACCAUCCCCAGACCGACGGGCUAGUAGAGCGCUUCAACCGCACGCUGAAGGGGAUGCUCCGGAAGUUCGCCCAAGACGACCCCAGGGAAUGGGACAAGCUGCUCCCCGCACUGAUGUUCGCCGUCAGAGAGAAGUGGCACCCGCGGGAGGUCCUCCUAAUUGAACCCAGAGACACGGAUAUCGAGCUGGGUCCGUGGGGGGAGCCCGAGGUGAAAAUCGAGGGAGUAAGGAUCGGAGAGGAGCUACCGGGCCCGAAGCAAGAACAGCUGCACCACCUCCUCGAUCAGUUCAGGCCAGUAUUGACUAGCCGACCCGGGCAGACCACGCUGGUGCAGCACGAGAUCGAGACAGAACCCGGCAGAGUGGUGAGGGACAAUAUGCGCCCCCUUCCGCGAAAGUUAUGGGGCACGGUGAAGGAAGAACUCCAGGCCAUGCUAGAAUGGGGGGUGAUACAAGAAUCCCGUAGUGAAUGGCGAAGCCCCAUCGUGUUAGUACCUAAGGCGGAUGGGUCAACCAGGUUCUGCAUCGACUUCCGCAAAGUCAACGCGAUUUCAAGGUUCGAUGCGUACCCUAUGCCCCGUAUAGAUGAACUACUGGGACGCCUGGGCAGAGCCACCUACCUGUCAACCCUUGAUCUUACCAAAGGGUACUGGCAGAUCCCGCUCUCGCCCGAGGCCCAGGCAAAGACGGCGUUCGCCACACCUUUCGGGCUAUAUCAAUUUAGGAACAUGCCAUUCGGGUUGCACGGGGCCGCAGCCACGUUCCAAAGACUCAUGAACCAGGUCCUGCGAGAUCACCAGGACUACGCGGCAGCAUAUAUUGACGAUAUCGUGAUAUUCAGCGAGUCCUGGGAAGAGCAUUUAGGUCACAUAGCAAGCGUGUUAGGAGCCCUGAGGAAGGCGGGGCAGACGGCCAACCCAAAGAAGUGCCAAUUCGGGAGGGCCGAAGUCUCCCGGGUACGGAUAGGGGACGGGGAGGGGGAAAGGAACUGCAUAGUCGCCGUGGGCCCAAGAUUAGCAUACCCGCUCCUGCUGGGACGGGAUUGGCCCGGCCUGAAGCGACUCCUGGGGCAGUGGGACAGGGGCCGGAACCCCGGACAAGAGCCCGAGGCGGGACAAGGGACUCUGGUAGCCCAAGGAGAACAGGAGGGGGAAGAAGCGAUCCCAGGGGUGGCCCCGGCGGCUGAGGCAUCAGGGCAGACCCGACUCGACGUCGAGGAGGGGGACUUCCUUACACAACAGCGGGAAGAUCCUACCCUACGGGCAGCCUGGGAGCAGGUGCGCACUACGGGAGAAACUCCAGGAGAAGACCCGCCCAAGCAACCGGACGGACCUCGGUUCGAGACUCAAAGCAAAUUCAGCAUGAAUUUGGGAAAUAUCUCAGUGGCUCUGAAUAAGAAUUUGUUCAAUGAAAAAGUUGUCAAAAAUGUCACUAAUAUUAUUAAUGCCUACUCCUAA